AUGAAACUAGAAAGAAUGAAAUUACCCCAAUUCAGUGGAAAUAUUCGAGACUACCCUCGUUUUCGAUCAGAUUUUGAAAAACAAAUCCUACCAGAGUUGGAAUCUGGAAAAGUUGCAUAUGUUCUCAAAUCAUGUCUCGAAGGUGAAGCAUUUGAUGCCAUCUACAACUUAGAUGAUGAUGUAACGAAAAUGUGGAAGCGAUUAGAUGAGAAAUAUGGUCUGCCAUCAAAAUUAGUCGAUGUUGUCGUAUAUGAUAUUAAGAAUAUAAAGCACUUACAGGAAGGAGAUGAUCAAUCAUUUCUAGAGCUUAUAAAUACGGUUGAGAAAGGCUAUCAAGAUCUAGCCAGAAUCAAUAUGGAAUCUGAAAUAUCCAAUAGUGGAACAGUCAGUUUAAUCGAAGAACGAUUGCCUCGUGACAUUAAGCGGGAAUGGUCUGGAGAAGUCAACAGAUCAACCAGCAAAGUAGAACAGAAAAGUUCCCGUGUCUUCUCCAAUUCCUUCAAGAACAAAGAAAGAUUAUAG